ACUGUCAACCUCUUUGGAUCAACAGCGUCCAUAAUUUCACCCCAAGGGAGUGUUGUGCUAUUUCCGGAAGUCUAGGAAGCGUUGCGAUUUGUCGUAAUCGUCGGGCGUGGCAACAUUGUACUCUAUACACAUCACAUGUUUGUAAAGUGUAUGCGAGGAAUUCACGUUUAAAGUCAGUCGGGAUACACACAUUGCUCAGGGAAUCCGCAGAAUACCUGUGGCCUCGUUUAAUUGAUGCUAUUUCGCCGAAUCUGGACAGUAUCAGCAUGACCCUGACAUUGUGUGCACUGUUUCUCCUCCUCAGCAUCCACGGUGCCUGGGUAAGUUGUCAAUGUGAUAACUCGCCCCGGGUCAUUCAUUUCACUCUCUUCGAGACAAGAAGCUUCCCAAGCCCUGGGUACCCGGUAAACUAUGGCAAUAAUCUAAGCUGCGUUUGGAUUUUCGAGCCAGAUAAUGCGAUGGACUACUUCUUAAUACGGCUGAAGGAUGUCAACGUUGAUUGUAGAGGGGAUAUGAUCCAGAUAACGACUUAUCAGUCGGACAUAGACAAAAUUCAGUUUUGUGGGUAUGCUACAACAAGUUACACCUACAGACGGCCCGGACGACAGGAGGUAACGUUCAUAACCGAUGAUACACAAAAAAGUCGAGACACGGGGUUCCGGAUUGAAGUCACCAGUAUUCCGAAUGGAAAAACAGGUUUCACUGUCUGUCCAGAGAAGGAAGAAAUCGAGCUUGAAGCUGAAACAUAUGCUAAAGCGUUAACGUCACCAAAUUACCCUGAAAAAUAUCCUUCAAAACAAACAUGUCGUUGGAGGAUAUUGUCUAAAGCUGGAUACAAAAUCAGAAUCGUUAUAAAGUUAGUAGACAUUGAAUACGGAUUUACGCAUUCGCUUCAUCCAGUUGAUUACUUACAGAUAUACUAUGUAACAGACCAUCCUGUGCCACCAAAGCGGUACUCUGGACGUUGGAAUUUUGAACCAGUUAAAGACAAUGUCAUUAUAUCCACGGGUGAUGUUGACCUGACGUUUGUAACUGACUCUGAUACCAGUUACUCCGGAUUCAUUCUUUAUUACGAAUUGGUAGGAUUAAUGGCGGAAUCGCUAACCUCAACCAAAAUCCCGACGUCUAUUACGGAAUUAGCGUCUACAUUUGAGACAGAAACCACCGAAAACCCGGCGUCUAUUACGGAAUUAGCGUCUACAUUUGAAACAGAAACCACCGAAAACCCUGCGUUCACAUCGGAACUUGCGAACAAGUCGGCGUCUACAGUGGCGUCAGGAACUACCGAAGAUUCGGUGUCUACAUCGGAGUUUGGAACCACGAAAAACCUGGCGUCUACGCUGGAGUCAAGCGCUACUGAAAACACGGCGUCUACACUGGAUUAUGAGACUACUGCAACCCCAGAGACUACAUCAGAGUAUGCAACUACAAAUAAUCAGGAGAUAAUUUUGUCGACAGCAGUUGAUGUAUCUAUAACACAGAGUGCAAUGCCGACUUCCGUUGAUUUAACAUCUACAUUGAAGCAAACGGUACCAUCAGACGACGGGAUGCAUACAACAGAAGUCAAUAUUUCUACGACAGAGGGUAUGAUACCUCUACGGGGGGACGUUUCAUCUACAUCGUAUGAUAGGAUAACAACAAAAGUAACACCAGUCACAUCUGUUGGGAAUCGUUUGAAUAAAAAUUAUUCAGAAAUUACAGAAACACAAGUCUCUGACGUCUGGGAUAUACAUGUUUCACCAAAUGGCACCAAACCGGGCGUCAAGACCAACACAGAAAAUGACAUAGAAAGUACAGGUCCAGUAUUACCCCAAUAUGUAACCGAAAAACAAGUAGAAGGACAGACGAAUUCUUGUAAGUUGUUAACCUGUGUGGUUCCCGUCCUAGUCUCCAUUCUACUCCUGUUGUCUGUACUGUGUGUAGUAGCAGCGGCACUUUGUGUAACCCAGACUCGUAAAAGAGACAUGUACCAAAUGAGGGAAAGAAUAUAAGACUCUUUUCUAUAUGGGUAUGUAGGAUAGGGAUAUUCCACCCGUGGGGUCAAAAAUAUGGUAAAACCCGAGGCUUGCGAUCCCGAGGGUGGAAUAUCCGUAUCCUACAAACCCAUAUAGGAAAGAGUUUUUUUCUCUCAUUUAUAAUCUCAUAUUAUCAAAUAUUUGCACUCACCUCGUGGUAGCCAUCACUGGACGCCGCCAUUUUUUAAUGAUUCUAUUUUUUUUCUUGGGUUAUAUACAUGAAAAGAAUUGCUGAAAUAGAUUCUCCAUCGCCGAAUUUUGCAAGCUAUGUUUGCGGUCGAAAACAUAAUAUGGAUAGUGAAUGUAAACUUCCAACGUCAGUGUUUAACUGUUUUUUCUUCAAGCGGGCUGGGUCAAAUACCCUGUCAAAUAUGUCACCCAGAGACAUGCAUACGCGUUCAAAUAUAGUGCCUUAAAACACGCAAUAAAACAACACUUUUCUUUUUAAUAUUUACUAUUGUUCAAUGUAUAAUAUAUCAUAUACACAUUUAACAUUUUUGAA